CAAUUUAUCGCUAAUAUUGCUCACUUCACAGUCGUGACCAGAAGAACGAGCCGAGCUAACGAAUCGGCAACGUUAUAAUACCAGUGCAGUCAAAGCGGCCAACGACCAAGGAAAAGCAGAAAUACCAGUAUAGCUAUAUUGAUACCCGUUUAUCAACUAUAAAAGUAAUAUUGUCAGUUGAUGAAAAGCUAGUUAGGUAGAUCGCCGUACACUACAGCUAAUUGCUAUAUGCUAGUUAGCAUCACGUAGCUAGCCUUUGCUCUAUCUUCGACAACCGGUCCCUACGCACUAGCAGAAUGGCCUUAAAACGAAUUCACAAGGAGCUGAACGACCUGGGCAGGGACCCUCCUGCACAGUGUUCCGCUGGCCCGGUUGGAGACGACAUGUUUCAUUGGCAAGCUACAAUUAUGGGGCCUAAUGACAGCCCAUACCAAGGUGGUGUUUUUUUCCUGACUAUUCAUUUCCCCACAGACUACCCCUUCAAACCACCUAAGCUUGCGUUCACCACAAGAAUUUAUCACCCAAAUAUUAACAGUAACGGCAGCAUCUGCCUGGAUAUUUUGAGAUCACAGUGGUCUCCAGCAUUAACUAUCUCUAAAGUACUUUUGUCCAUUUGUUCACUCUUAUGUGACCCCAACCCUGACGACCCGUUAGUGCCAGAGAUUGCCCGUAUCUACAAAACAGAUACGGAAAAGUAUAAUAGACUAGCGAGAGAAUGGACAGAAAAGUACGCUAUGCUUUAGGGUACAACAGAAUAGCCCGGGAAUGGACUCAGAAGUACGCCAUGUGAUAAUCGGUCAUGGUCGUAUCAACUUGCAUUAUAGCUGGGAAAAAAACUAUAAAUUACUGUUCUUUUUUUUGUCCAUUUGGCCGCAACCCCUUACCAUCAGCAAAUAACAGUAAUUGAUUCUUUGUUUUGCCCCCUAAAUGUAUUCACAUCCUCUUAACAAGGACAAAUGUCUCCAAUACCCCUUUUCUUUCUUUACAAAAGAUGCCAAUUGCUCUGAACUCAGCGAAGCAUGUCUGUAUAAAGCCAACCACAGCCACUUUGUGAAGAGCUCUUGAUUGCUCUGAAUUCAUGCAGGAGGUGCCAACUAAAAAUAAAGAUUCUCAAUGCCACCAUUUCUGUAUUGAGAGAAUCAACAUGGUUCAAUCACACUUUUGUACGCUUUUCCAAUAGCAUUAGAGAACUGAUGUCUGUGAAUAUCAUACACUUAAUCUUAGUUAAGAUUCACCCAUUUUUAAUGUUUUCUAUCAUUCCAUGUGUAUCUGAGCUUCCGUUCAAGCAGGCAGAAAUUCACCCGGUGAAAACCUUGUCAUACCGGCCUGCUUGAACAGCAAUAGCUCAGAUACACAUGGAAUGACGCAGGAAUCGAUAGAACAUUAGAGAUGCACAAACUUUAACAUUCAAAAUGGGUGAAUCUUAACUUUAACUGUUUUGAAUGGAGAAUUGCUGAAGAUAUCUGCAGUAAAUAAGAAAAAUAUUUUAUGCAUGUUAAUAAGAUAAUUGGUUUAUGUGCUGCUGAGAAUGGAUUGAGAGCAAACGUGUUCACUUUGAUAUUUUGUUACUUUUUGUUUUUAGAACGUGGAGCCAUUAGUUAAUCAUCAUCCAUAAUACUGUUCUCUUUUGCACUGAAUACGUUAUUCAAAGUUCUCAAUGGCUGAUCGAUCAACUAAUAGCUCUGCUAUUUAAUGGUUACUUUUUUUUUCUCAAUAAAGUUGAACAAAUAA